ACAUCCGAAGACAACGAUGUAGAAACAAAAGUAGACCUGGACCUCAGCAACUCGGAGAUGUUCCCCGAAAUUGGUGCGAGGAAAUCGAGCUCUUUGCGCUCGGAAAGAAGAAGGAUCAAACCGACCAAUCUGGACAAGAGCGCGAAUCAAAAGAGUUUCUCAUUGAGCAGCUUCCACACCGAAAGCUUCCAGCAACAGUCGCCGCUGGCCCUAGAAGAGAACGUCGCUUUCAAACAUCAGAGAAUACAACCCAAAGAGUUGUCCAACAGCUACGAAACGGAACGGAACAUUCUGAAGCAGGAGAGGCAUAAGCUGAUGGAGAAAUUCAACAUCUUAAACACGUCCACCUCGCCGAAACUCGACUCGACGCCCCAGAUAAAAGUGACGCGCCAAAAGACAACAGAAUUGAAACAAACUUACAUAGCGGCGGACAUCAAUAGAGUCACUUUCAAAGAACAGAUAGAAGUCCUAGUUGAAAUAUACGACGCAAUGCUCAAAAACAACUUGAUACUCAGCUUAAACACGGAACUGUACUUUCUCAUAUCGAUUUUGCUUUCGGAGCAAUACGAAGACGAUUCUAAGGUCGAUUCGCGGGUGGACGAGAACAAAAUAAGUGAUGGCCUUCUGAAAUCUAUACAUAACAGUACAUAUUUCGCUGUGAAAUCCCUGUGGUGCGAACGGACAAUAUUGGAGGUCAUUUUGGACAAGAAUUCGCUCAAGAUUUUAGGUGAGAACAAGAGAGUCAGAAGCUUUUAUCCGGACCUGGCCAAAUUCCUCCUGAACGCUUACGGGCUCAAGGUCGAAGCGGAGAUCAACCAUGACAAGUCCAAGUUGGCACCCGAGGCUACGGGAUCCAACGGCGUGAUCUGUUUCAAUCUGGAGACUGACAACGCAGACAACUUUCCGUCCGUGCUCAGUUUUCAGAAUUUCAAAAAGCAAAGGGACAUGUUUUACGAAAUUUUAAGGUGGUACCAGGACACCCAAACGACUGGUGGUUCUAGGACCUCGUUCAAAGCCCGCAUCAAGACUCUGAUCUCAUCGGGACCUACUGCAGCUAACCACGCCCACUUGGCGGCGCUGUUCACUGCGCACAUGCUAGCCGAAUGCUUAUCCUCGAAUGGCCAGGAAUCGAAGCUGAGCAAGCUGCAUAGGCGAUUGACGUGCCCCAACGCGCCUGAGUCGCAUCGGCUGCCCCACUUUACCGACAAGGAGAUGUUUUACAAAGAGUUCAUUACGUAUGCGGAGAACGAGUGCUUCAGAGUGCAUCUGAGGGACGCUCUCGCCUCCGAUAUCGUAGCUCUGGACUCUGCCUCCAUCGCCACGGAGAGUUCGAACGGGUCUGACAUAUCCAGAGAGUUCCUACAGCUGUCGAAGAAACUGUGCCUCCUGUCGAAGUUCCUCGGCUAUCUGACCUCCUUGCCGUACUCGCAAGUGCCGACGGACUUCGUCUCUAAGGCGGCGGCAGCAUUGGGAAGCACUAGGGUGCAGAAGGAGAUGACCUUCGCAGUUCCAAAGGAGAAGGUUCUGGAGAGUAACAUCGCGUUGAGGAAUUAUAGCCAACCCUGCAUAGACCUGCGCGGUAUACUGGCGAGCUCCGAGGAGUGCGGCCGUCUCUGCAUCACCGUGCCGUGGCUCGUCCACUACCUGUCGAUGCUCGACUACGCCACCCUGAGGCUGCGCUACUACCAGCAUCUCCUGCGGAUGCUGUUCGGCGUUUACUCGACGCGGCUCAAGCUGAGCCCGCUGAGCCUGCUCAAGAGGAACACAGUGAUAUACCUGAAAUCCAGCCUGGGCUGGCUGUUCGAUUUGCCGCAUUUCCCGCGCGAAUUCCUCCGCGACGCGGCGCCAUCUUGCCCCGUCGUCGGAGACUCGACCGUAGACUACCACGAGCUGCUGGACGAGGCGUCUCUGCUGGAGCUGUGCCCGUUCCUGAGGGACGUGAACGCACUUCUGCUGACGUGCCGCCCCCCCCAGGAGAGGAGGGAGGCGGGCAGCUUCAGGCACAUCACGCCCGUCAGCCUGGGCGGCAGCGAGGAGCGGGUGCGAAAUAAAGAGAGGGAGUUACAGGCGCGCCUGGAGGAGGAAUUCCUGAAGACGCAGCCCUCCUCGACCCGCCGCGUGCUCGAGCUGGUGAUGGAGCGGGUGACCUCCGGCGCCGUCAAGGAGCUCGCUGCGCAGAUGCUGUGCGACUUCCGCAAGAGGACCCGCGAGGGGGCCAGCCAACUGGUCAUCGCCAGAAACGCCGAAGAUAAUGACACGUUGCUGAAAGCGGUGGAGGGCCUGUACAGCAAGCAGCUGCAGCGGCUGCGGACGGAGGCCCUGGAGGCCGGCACGGCGUCGAUCCGGCGGCGCGCGGGGGCUGCGCUGGCGGCCCUGCUGCCCGCGGCGCCUCCGCCCCUCCUCGCGCUGGCGGUCAAGGGCUGCGUCAACCGCCUCAACAAGUGGCUCAACGACAACUGGAACACCACAGCCGUACUGUGCAAAGACAUAGAAGAGGAAAUGAAGACUCUGAUAGCACUUGGGGAAGCAGCGACGGUGCACCCCCAGAGCCCCGUCGACUUAGCCGCCAUGAUGCUGCCCGAUGACAAGUUCGAAGCCGUGCACGUGAGCGCGGCCGCUGCGGUCAUCAACCUUAAGGAGCACAUCUGCCUCCUGCUGGAGGGCGAGACCGUUGGCGACGCGUCGGAACUGCUGGCCAGGUGCGCGGUGGCCUGUUCCCCUUCAAACCUGUUCGGGCGGCCGCCCACUCAGCGCGCCAUACUGCAGCUCAGCGUGGACUACUGCAUCGUCUUCGUGAGCCGCAUGCCGGAGCAGGUGGACGACGCGUUCCUGGGGCGCUUGCACGCGGUGUGGGCCGUGUGCUGCCCGGAGCGGCGGCGCGGCGCCCCAGCCGAGGUGCUCUUACCCGAGCGGCGGGCGGGCCUGUCGCCGCGGCCGCGCCCCUACGACGACGAGCGCGCGCCGACGCCGGCCAGCGACGAGGAGCCCUGCUCGCCGCCCGGCGCCUUCGCGGCCGUGGACCCGACUACGGUGGUCGUGGUCGUGGACGGCGCGCCCGCCUUCGACGCGAACGUGUCUACGGAGCAGAAGAACGAGGGGCAGGACGACAGGAGCCCGCUACUGGAGUUCUUCGAGAGGAUUCUCUGCCCCAGGAACGUGGUGCUGCUCAGCGAGUCCAAGUGCAGAGCGAGCGUCGUAUGGGAGGCGCUCGCCACGGUCCUCGUGUUCCUGCUGAGGAACGACUACCUCACCGAGGACUCCCUCACGGAGCAGUGCCUGGCCGUCUACAGGCAGGACUGGCCCCAGAACAUUCUAGAAAGCCUCUCGACCUGCAUGAAGUCGGUGUCGUCGCGGUGGGCGCGCUCGUCCACCGGCAAGUUCACGCUGUUCCUGGACUUCCUGGCGGAGUACUGCGGCGACAUGGACUACGAGCCCCUCGAU